CCGAGGCACAGUCACUUGUUCACAACGCCGCGGCGAGUCAGCGAGCCAGGAUUUAAAGUCAGGUUGAUGGCGCUGACUGACAUCUGUGUCACAUUGGCUGCUUAUUAAUACUUUCAUCCUCAUUCCCUACCCUUCAGCCCCAUUACUGCCACCUCCCCUUUUGUCUACCCCACCUAGACCCUCACCAUACAUGUAAUGUAAAUAUGGAGUGGGCUUUUUCAGCUGAUCCCUAGGCUCUUGCCCUGCCCCCCACCAACCUGGCUUUCUCAGCCUUUGCCCCCAAACCCUCUCAUCCACAUUCUCCACCCUCCAAAUCCCAGCCUCCUGUCCAUCUCCUUGCUCUGUAUUUGCCCUGGCCAACCUCUUGAUCCGAAUUCCAGCGUUGCUCCAUCACACAUAUUCCCAGGCCUGCCUUGCUUUGAGCUUGUCUGGCUGUCCGGUUCAGGCCCCACUAUCUCACGUGCUCUGCCCUGCCAUUCACCCCUGGCAUCUCUCGGGUCUGAUGUGUAUCCCUCAGCCACCCUGCCCCUCUGUCCAGAGUCCUGCUACACUGUCCCACGCCUUACUAGUACCUUGCUGUGACUCUUAUUCCCCUGGGUGCCCUCACUCCCACGCCCCUUUUAUAAACCCCAGCAUGUGUUUAGUGAUCGAUCCAUCCCUGGCCUGGCCUCUCUUCUGUAUCCCUUGGAUUCCUCCAAGCAGCUUACCAACCACCACCCAGUUGGUCUCACAGUUCCACUCCGUCUUUCUCACACUGCCUUUGUCCUUCUCCUUGUCCCAGGAGAUCCACAUGGUGGGGGAACAGUGCUCCAGGGACCUCAUGGUGCCCUUGGGGCCCCGGCUACAGGCAUUUCCUGAAGAGCUCCUUCGACAACGGCCCGGCCACGAUGGAUGCCCUGAGUACCUGGUCCGGUGGAGUGUCCUGAAGUGUGGGGGAGCGGGCAAAGUGAGUGUGGGCGCCAAAGAGAAGGCAGAGCAUAUCCUCAUGUGGCUGUCAGCUCCUGAGGUCUACGCCAACUGCCCCCUGCUGUUGGGCGAGCGGGUGCUACUGAAGGGCCCUCCCCACGAGCCAGCUGGGCCUUCAGGAAACUUUCCCCGAGAUCCAGGAGGCCUGGAUGAAGUGGCCAUGGAAGAGAUGGAGGCUGAUGUGCGGGCGCUGGUGCGCAGGGCCGCCAGGCAGCUGACAGAAGGUGGACCGUCGAGCCUCACAGCUGCAGUGCUACACACUGUGCACGUGCUCAGCGCCUAUGCUAGCAUCAGCCCCCUCACCGGGGUCUUCAGGGAGACGGGCGCCCUGGACCUGCUCAUGCAGAUGCUGUGCAACCCUGAGCCUCAGAUCCGGCGGAGUGCCGGCAAGAUGCUGCAGGCCCUGGCUGCCCAUGAUGCUGGGAGUCGGGCUCACGUGCUUCUGUCGCUGAGCCAGCAAGACGGCAUUGAGCAGCACAUGGACUUUGACAGCCGCUAUACGUUGCUGGAGCUGUUUGCAGAGACCACAUCCUCAGAGGAACACUGCAUGGCCUUUGAGGGUGUCCACCUGCCUCAGAUCCCAGGGAAGCUGCUCUUCUCCCUGGUGAAGCGCUACCUGUGUGUCACUUCCCUGCUGGACCAGCUCAAUAACAGCCCAGAGGCAGGGGCUGGAGACCGUGGGACCCUCUCCCCCACCAAGAAGGAGUCCGGCCAGGAGAAGAGCCGAGGGCAGCGGGAGUUGGAGUUUGGUAUGGCUGUGGGCAACCUCAUCUGCGAGCUGGUGCGACUCAUGGGCUGGGCCCGGAACUUCAGGGAGCUGGGCCCGAUACCACCCCGGCCCAUCCGCUCCAUCUUUCAGCCCUGUACCUCAGGCCCCAACCUUGUCCUCCCCCCUGUGGUCCCCACUCCUCGAAAGCAAGGGCGGGCUUUCCGCCAGCGCUCCGAGUUCUCCAGCCGGAGUGGCUACGGUGAGUAUGUGCAGCAGAUGCUGAAGCUGGGGAUGCGCGUACGCAUGCUGGACGAUUACGAGGAGAUCAGUGCCGGGGAUGAGGGCGAGUUCCGGCAGAGCAACAACGGCGUGCCCCCUGUGCAGGUGAGUCUGCGGGGGUAGGAGGGGACGGGACACUGCAGGGACAUCCAUGCAGCAGGCUCUACCUGGCCACCCAAGAGGAGACUCCCAUAAGGGGGUUAGGAUGGUAAAUUGGGGUCAGAAGUUGACCCCCCUCAGGGAAGAGAGGCCAUGUGGAUGUGGAGGCUGAUACUAGGAAUUAGGGAAGUUGAGGGCCUGCUCGGGGAAGAGAGAAAUACUGUGAGAGUCUAGUGUGUAGCAGGAGUGACUCCCCUGGCUGUUAACAGGGCCUUUGGGUCUGUGAGUCCCUGAAAGGCACACCCCUUCUGUUGACAGACCUUGGGGGAAAAGGCCCUAGGUGAGAUCUCCGUGCCCACAGAGAUGGCCGAGAAUCUGCUCCAAGUUCUCCGCACUCGUUUUGAGGGCAACAUCCUCAGUGACCUGCUCAACUCCCCCAUCUACACUAAGUAUGCACGGCUGCCUGACGAACCAAGCAGCUCGCCGUCUUCACACACAAGUCACUCAUGUGCCUCAGAUCCAGAAGAGUUCAAGUCAGAGGCCGACUUCUCCGAAGAGGAGAUGGAGCCCCCCAAAGCCAAGGCUGAGUCUCCCGAGGCAGAGGCUGAACCUGCACAGGCCCAAGCUGAACCCCCCAUGGCUCAGAGUGAUUCGCAACUGUUUAACCAGCUUUUUGUGAGCGAGGGAAUGUCUCUGACCCUGGAGAUAAAGGAGGCAGCGAGUGAAAUGACUAGAGCCCUGCGGAAUCCGGGCCCACGGAGUUCCCUGGAUCAGCAGGUGGCGGCGGUCAUUGCCACUGUGCAGACGUCCAGCUUGGAGACACACCUGCAGCUUUCAGGGCUCUGUGCCCUUUCUCAGGUUGUGGAGGAGGUCACUGAGCGGGACCAUCCCUUGGUUCAUCCUGACAGAUCCCUGAGAGAGAAGAUGGUGAAAACCGUGGUGGAACUGCUGACCAACCAGGUCAGAGAGAAGAUGGUGGUGGUGCUGACCCUACGCCUCCUGUACUUGCUCAUGACCAAGCAUGAAUGGCGCCCACUCUUUGCCAGGGAGGGUGGCAUCUACGCCGUGCUGGUUUGCAUGCAGGAAUAUAAAACCUCCAUUUUGGUCCAGCAGGCGGGGCUGGCGGCACUGAAGAUGCUGACAAUCACCGGCUCCUCUGAGAUCCCCACUUUUGUUACCAGCCGAGAUUCCGUCCACCCUUUGUUUGACGCCCAGAUGACCAGAGAGAUCUUUGCCAGCAUCGACUCAGCCACCCGCCCGGGCUCAGAGAGCCUGCUCCUUACUCUUCCUGCAGCUGUGAUCCUGAUGCUAAACACUGAGGGGUGUGCUUCUGCAGUGAGAAAUGGCCUGCUCCUGCUCAACCUGCUCUUGUGCAACCAUCACACUCUGGGAGACCAGAUUAUCACCCGGGAGCUGAGGGACACCUUGUUCAGGCAUUCGGGGAUUGCACCAGGGACAGAGCCAAUGCCCACCACACGCACUAUCCUCUUGAUGCUUCUCAACCGCUACUCAGAGGCGCUGGGCAGCCCUGAGCAUGCAGCACUGGAAACCUCUGGCUCCCAGGGCCAGCAAGGGUCCCCUGAGCUACUGAUUCGAUCCAUAGUGGGGGCCCCAUCUGCAGAACUCCUCCUGGACUUGGAGCGGGUAUUGUGCCGUGAGGGUGGCCCAAGGGGUGCUGUGAGGCCCCUCCUCAAGCGCCUGCAGCAGGAGACCCAGCCCUUCCUGCUGUUACUUCGGACUCUGGACGCCCCGGGGCCCAACCAAACUCUGCUGCUGACUAUGCUGAGGGUCAUGACCCACCUGCUGGAUUUCCCUGAGGCAAUGGUGCUCUCCUGGCAUGAGGUCCUGGAGCCCUGUCUCAACUGCCUGAGUGGCCCCAGCUGUGACUUUGAGAUUGUUCCGGAGCUGGUCUGCUUCCUGCACCGCCUGGCCUCCGUGCACAAGGACUAUGCCGUGAUGCUCUGCUGCCUGGGAGCCAAAGAGACCCUCUCAAAAGUCCUGGAGAGGCACUCAGCCCAGCUACUGCUGGGGUGUGAGCUCCGGGACCUGGUAACAGAGUGUGAAAAGUACGCCCAGCUCUACAGAAAGCUCCCCUCCAGCAUCUUGGCGGGCUGCAUCCAGAUGGUGCUGGGCCAGAUUGAAGAUCACAGACGAACCCACCAGCCCAUCCACAUUCCCUUCUUCGACGUGUUCCUGAAGUACCUCUGCCGGGGCUCCAGCGUGGAAGUGAAGGAGGACAAGUGCUGGGAGAAGGUCGAGGUGUCUUCCAACCUGCACCGGGCCAGUCGGCUGACGGACCGGAACCCCAAGACCUACUGGGAGUCCAACGGCAGUGCCGGUUCCCACGCCAUCACUCUGCACAUGCACCGUGGUGUUCUUGUGAGGCAGCUGACUCUGCUGGUGGCCAGCGAGGACUCCAGUUACAUGCCGGCUCGGGUGGUGGUGCUGGGGGGUGACACUGCCAGCUGUAUCACCACUGAGCUUAACACGGUCAACGUGCUGCCCACUGCCAGCCGGGUGGUCCUCCUGGAAGGCCUGAACCGCUUCUGGCCCGUCAUCCAGAUCCGCAUAAAGCGCUGCCAGCAGGGUGGCAUCGAUACCCGGGUUCGGGGUGUGGAGGUCCUGGGCCCUAAGCCCACAUUUUGGCCACUGUUCCGGGAGCAGCUAUGUCGACGCACAGCUCUCUUCUACACGGUCCAGGCGCAAGCCUGGAGCCAGGACAUAGCAGAGGACCGCAGACGCCUCCUACAGCUCUGUCCCAGGCUGAACAAGGCUCUGCGCCACGAGCAGAGUUUUGCUGACCGUUUCCUCCCCGACGAGGAGGCUGCGCUAGCACUGGGCAAGACGUGCUGGGAGGCGCUGGUCAGCCCGCUGGUGCAGAACAUCACCUCCCCUGAUGCUGCGGGAGUGAGCUCCCUGGGCUGGCUGCUGACCCAGUACCUGGAACAAAGACAGAACUCUCGAAGGCCCCUCAGUCGAGCAGCACCCUUUGCCUCUCGCGUCCGUCGUCUCUGCCACUUGCUGGUGCAUGUGGAACCUCCUCCCGGGCCUUCUCCUGAGCUGUGCCCUCGUCCCUUCAGCAAGAACAGUAAGGGUCGGGAUCGGGGCCUCGUGCCUCCCCCAGUUCUUCCAAGCAGCAGCCUGAGGAACAUCACCCAGUGCUGGCUGCGUGUGGUGCAGGAGCAGGUCAGCAAGUUCCUGACUGAAGCCUGGGGAGCCCCAGAGUUUGUGCCUCGCUACUGCCAGCUCUAUGAGCACUUGCAGAGAGCAGGCUCCGAGCUGUUUGGGCCUCGGGCCGCCUUCACCCUGGCUCUGCGCAACGGCUUCUCAGCUGCUCUGCUGCAGCAGUCCUUCCUCACCGCUGCUCACAUGAGCGAGCAGUUUGCCAGGCACAUCGACCAGCAGAUGCAGGGCAGCCUGAUUGCUGGAGCCCCAGGGGGGGACAUGCUGGGGCGCCUGCAGCGGCAGCUGGAGCCCAUCAUGGUCCUUUCGGGUCUGGAGCUGGCCACUACUUUUGAGCACUUCUACCAGCACUACAUGGCGGACCGACUCCUGGGCCUGGGCCCGAGCUGGCUGGAGGGGGCUGUGCUGGAGCAGCUUGGUCCCUGCUUCCCCAACCGCCUCCCCCAGCAGAUGCUGCAGAGCCUGCGCACCUCUGAGGAGCUGCAGCACCAGUUCCACCUCUUCCAGCUUCAGCAGGUGGACCAACUGCUUUUGGAGCAAGAGGAUGAGGAGGAAGAGCAAUCAGAGGAAGAGGAGGAGGAAGAAAAGGAAGAAGAGGCUGAGAAAGAGCUAUUUGCUGAAGAUACAAGCCCAACAGUUUCUGUCCUGGUCUUGUCACCACGCUGCUGGCCAGUCUCCCCACUCUGCUACCUGGCUCAUCCCAGAAAGUGCCUUCCCACAGCAUUCUGUGAUGCCCUUGACCACUUCUCCAACUUCUACAACCAGAGUCAGAACCAUCCUGUCCUAGACAUGGGCCCACACCGACGGCUGCAGUGGACGUGGCUGGGCCGGGCGGAGCUGCAGUUUGGCGACCAGACCCUGCAUGUGUCCACCGUGCAGAUGUGGCUGCUGCUGCACUUCAAUCAGAUGGAGGAGGUGUCCGUGGAGACCUUGUUGAAGAAUUCAGACCUCUCUCCAGAGCUGCUGCUCCAGGCACUUCUGCCUCUCACCUCGGAGAAGGGCCCUUUGAGCCUGCAUGAGGGCCAGGACUUCCCCAAUAGGGGUGUGCUGCGGCUCCGUGAGCCUGGGCCCCGGCCCAACGAGGAGGCGCUGUGGCUGAUACCCCCCCAGCAGUACCUGAGUGUGGAGAAGGAUGAAGGGCGAACCCUGGAGCAGAAGAGGAACCUCUUGAGCUGCCUUCUCGUCCGAAUUCUCAAAGCCCAGGGGGAAAGGGGCCUUCACAUUGACCAGCUCGUUUGUCUGGUGCUGGAGGCCUGGCAGAAGGGUCCAAACCCACCCGGAAGUCUGGGCCGCUCCGUUCCGGGGGGUGUGGCCUGUACCAGUACAGAUGUUCUCUCCUGCAUCCUGCACCUCUUGGGCCAGGGCUACAUGAAGCGGCGUGACGACCGGCCGCAGAUCCUGGUGUAUGCGACCCCAGAGCCCACAGGGCCCUGUCGGGGUCAGGCAGAUGUCCCCUUCUGUGGCAACCAGAGUGGCACGGCCCCCAAGCCCAGCCCAGAGGCUGUGGCUGCGCUGGCUUCCCUUCAGCUGCCUGCAGGCCGCACCAUGAGCCCUCAGGAGGUGGAGGGGCUCAUGGAGCAGAUGGUGCGGCAGGUGCAGGAGACACUGAGCCUGGAGGCAGACGUGGCUCAGCACCUGCUGGCUCAUUCCCACUGGGGCGCCGAGCAGCUGCUGCAGAGCUACAGCGAGAACCCUGAGCCGCUGCUGCUGGCAUCUGGGCUGAGCGUCCCCCAGGCCCAGACCCCCCCUGCCCGCCCUGCCCAGUGUCCGGUCUGCAUCAGCCCCCUGGAGCCCGACGACGAUCUGCCCUCUCUCUGCUGCAUGCACUCCUGCUGUAAGUCUUGCUGGAAGGAGUAUCUGACAACUCGAAUUGAGCAGAACCUCGUGCUGCACUGCACCUGCCCCAUUGCUGACUGCCCUGCCCAGCCCACUGGGGCCUUCAUUCGAGCCAUUGUCUCCUCCCCGGAGGUCAUCUCCAAGUACGAGAAGGCCCUCCUUCGGGGCUACGUGGAGAGCUGCUCCAACCUGACCUGGUGCACCAACCCCCAGGGCUGCGACCGCAUUCUGUGCCGCCAGGGUCUGGGCAGUGGCACCGCCUGCUCCAAGUGUGGCUGGGCCUCCUGCUUCAGCUGUAGCUUCCCUGAGGCGCACUACCCCGCCAGCUGUGGACACAUGUCUCAGUGGGUCGACGACGGCGGCUACUACGACGGAAUGAGCGUGGAGGCCCAGAGCAAGCACCUGGCCAAACUCAUCUCCAAGCGCUGUCCCAGCUGCCAGGCCCCCAUCGAGAAGAACGAGGGGUGUCUGCACAUGACCUGUGCCAAAUGCAACCAUGGGUUCUGCUGGCGCUGCCUCAAGCCCUGGAAGCCAAAUCACAAAGACUACUACAACUGCUCGGCCAUGGUCAGCAGAGCCGCUCGCCAGGAGAAGCGGUUCCAGGACUACAACGAAAGGUGCACCUUCCACCACCAGGCCCGGGAGUUUGCUGUCAAUUUGCGGAACCGGGUAUGUGCCAUCCAUGAGGUGCCUCCGCCAAAAGCCUUCACCUUUAUCAUUGAUGCCUGCCGAGGACUGGAGCAGGCUCGCAAGGUGCUGGCCUACGCCUGCGUGUACAGCUUCUACAACCAGGACGCCGAGUACAUGGACGUGGUGGAGCAGCAGACAGAGAACCUGGAGCUGCACACCAACGCCCUGCAGAUCCUCCUCGAGGAGAGCCUCCUGCGCUGCCGAGACCUGGCCUCCUCGCUGCGCCUGCUGCGGGCCGACUGCUUGAACACGGGCCUGGAGCUGCUGCGGCGCAUCCAGGAGCGGCUGCUUGCUAUCCUGCAGCACUCGGCCCAGGACUUCCGGGUUGGUCUCCAGAGCCCCUCGUGUUUCGAGCCCCGGGAGGCGAAAGGCUGCAACGUGCCCGGCAGUCAGCCCCAGGGCUCCAAGGGGCUGGAGGUGGAGGACGAGGACGAGGCACCAGCGUGGAGGCAGGACGAGUUUGACGAGGAGCUCGACAAUGACAGCUUCUCCUACGACGAGGAGUCUGAGGACUUGGGCCGCGAGGUUUUCUUCUUCGGCGACGAGGAUGAGGACGAGGAUGAGGCCUAUGACUGAGGGCCAGACCCAGGGUGGCAACGCCCGCCCUCUGCUGUUCUUGGGGGAGCAUGGCUCCCCAGCACCGGUGGCACUUUUUUCUUGACUGAAUAAACUUUUUUCACAGACCUCCCUGGAGGGCAGCUUCGCCAAGGGCCAGACUAUUAUGCACUGUUCUCUGUCGACCUCUGUCCUUAGAAAGGAGUCCAGAGCUGAUUCAGGGAGACGAGGCCCACAUGGUCCAGAGCCGGUACAGGUGACACUGCCCGACUGGCCCCACUUCGGAGCCCUGGGGAGAGAUGGCUGCCCAACCCCUGCCUUCCCCAGGACCCGGCUGUGUAUGUGAAGGGGCGGGGUGCCAGAGCGAGCCUUCUCCUGGAGGCCUUCAAACUUUGACCAGGUCUCUGGUGUGAAAUGAAGAGGGUGCAAGGGCUACUGAGGACCGCCCCCCCCCCCCCAGAGAGACAGACAGACAGACACACACACACAGAAUGUUGAUCUUUAAUCAGACGCAGGGAUGGGGCCAGGAAGGAAUCCCGGGGUGAGGUCAAGUAGUUGGAUCAUGGGAGGCAGCCGCGUGCUGCGGAGGGUCGGCCUCAAAGUAGCGGUCCAGCAUGGCCUCCACCUCGGCCUCCUCGUAGUCCCACACCUGGACCCUCGAGCCGUCGGCUGCUCCUCGGACCAUCGCUGACAGCACUGGGGAGGGCGGGGCAAGGUGAUGGCACCCCCUCCACACCCCACCCCAUGCUGCAUUCAGAGCCCACCAGGACAGGAGAUAAGGGGUGACAGGUGUCAGAAUGGGGGGUGGGCAUAGGAGGGGCACCCAGGACUUGGGGUGCUGACCUCGGCCAGUCUGUGGGCGGAACAGGCACAGGAUUUGCUUGUUGAGGGCCAUGGCCCGGCCCAGCUCAUAGCCAACACCCAAGGACGGCUGCGUCACUUCUGCCACAACCACUGGGGAGAAAGGAGACUGAGGCGAGGCCCUGUGUUUGGCACUUGGCGACUGCAGGGCAGGGAUGACACAUGCUGGCAGCGGAGAAGGGAGUGCUAGGGAGACCUGCUGGGCAUGCAAAACAGGGACGUCCAGGAAGACCACCCUCCCGGAGGAGUCUGGGUAGAGGGAACCCUGCUCACCAUCUGCCUGCUGCAGCCAGGCCAGGUCCCGCUCAUGAAUGAACCUGUCGCCUCCUGCAAUAGCCUCCUCCCCUGUCGGGAUGGGAACUCAGGUCAAGGACAGGCUUGCUCCCACCUGUGCUGCACAACACACUUGGAGAGAGGUCUCCCCACAUGGAGAUUCCCAGGAGAGGAGGGCAACGGAAUUAUCUACAAGAAUAAAAACUCCUGCAUGAUGA